AUGUCCGCCUCCCCGAGAACCGUGCACGCCUACGCCUCCUUCGGCAAGGGCGAGGAGAUCAAGCCCUGGGAGUACCAGUCGCGUGCGCUGGGCCCCGAGGACGUCGAGAUCAAGAUCUCGCACUGCGGCAUCUGCGGCUCCGACCUGCACACACUCGACAGCGGCUGGGGCCAGACCAUGUACCCGUGCGUGGUGGGCCACGAGAUCGUCGGCGAGGUCACCCAGGCGGGCCCUGACGUCAAGGGCCUGCAGGUCGGCGACCGCGUGGGCGUCGGCGCGCUCGUGUCGGCUUGCCUGAACAAGGACUCCAAGGCGCCGUGCUCCGUGUGCGCCAGCGGCGACGACGCGUACUGCCCGCACCGCGUGUGGACGUACGGUGACAAGUACAAAAGCGACGGCGCCAUCACGUACGGCGGCUACGCCGACUACGUGCGCGUGCCCCACGAGUUCGCCAUCAAGAUCCCGGACAACAUUCCGUCGGACGCGGCCGCGCCGCUCAUGUGCGCCGGCACGACGGUCUUCACGCCGUUCAAGGAGGUGGGCAUCAAGGAGGGCGACCGCGUGGGCAUCGUGGGCAUCGGCGGCCUGGGCCACCUGGGCAUCCAGUUCGCCAAGGCCAUGGGCGCCGCCUCGGUGACGGCCUUCUCGCGCUCCAACAACAAGGAGGCGGAGGUGCGCGGCCUGGGCGCCGACGAGUUCGUCGUGUACACGGACGAGAAGCAGGCGGCGGACGCCGCCGGCUCGGUGGACAUCCUGCUCAUCACGGCCGACGCCAACAACAUGCCGUACUCGCUGUUCCUGAGCUUCCUGGCCGUGCGCGGCACGUGCAUCAUGGUGGGUCUGCCGAACGACGACAUCAAGUUUAACGCGUUCCAGGUGGUGGGCAAGGGCGCCAAGUUCGUGGGCAGCAACGUGGGCAGCAUCCAGGACAUCAAGGACACGCUCGAGGUGGCGUCCAAGAAGAACGUGCGCCCCGUGAUCCAGAAGCUGCCGAUGGCCAAGGUGAACGAGGGCAUCGACAUGGUGCGCAAGGGCACGGUGCGCUACCGCGUCGUGCUCGAGAACUAGGCGUCGCGUGGAGGUUCCGACCACCAACUGUAAGCUUAGAUAGGGAGGGGCGCAACUAACUGCCUCGACACGACGAAUCCAACUGCAUGUAUCCAAUCCGACUGAAAUUGUAGUUUCCUCU